UCAACGUGCGUCUGCGCUUUAUAUCAAACUUCUCCCGAGAUUACUGGGAUCCUCUUCGAGACAUUUGCAUGUUUUGGAUACAGUCUUGGAUACGUUUUGUGCUAGAAAAAAAAUUAUAAUCUAGCGACCAAAAACAGACAGCAGAACCUCCUCAGUGGAAACUUUUUAAUGAUCGAAUAUUCAACUGGUAAACUGGUUUUAGUUCCUUUGCGCAGUUCCAAACAAUGUAGUUUCAAAGGAUCACGGUUCGCUGCUUAAUCAUAACGUUAUCAAAACCGCCGUUUGAAUAUGUAUUAAAGUAGGCUAUAUCUGUUUCCAUACGCUGACGGCGGCAUCGUGUGAGAACCUGCCAACGCCUUUUCUCUCUUCGGAUUCGUUAUUCUGCGAGCUGUAGGAGAACAUUGUUACGUCAGACUACAGUGUCCCGUUUUAAAGGUUGUAUUUUCCGCUUGUAUUCGCUUUUAUAAACGUAAAAAAAUGGGUUGCACGUUAAGUGCUGAAGAUAAAGAAGCGAUGGAGAGGAGUAAGAUGAUUGAUCGGAACCUGCGAGAGGACGGAGAGAAGGCGUCCAGAGAAGUCAAACUACUGCUGCUCGGUGCUGGGGAAUCAGGGAAGAGCACAAUAGUGAAGCAAAUGAAGAUCAUUCAUGAAGACGGCUAUUCAGUUGAAGAGUGCAAGCAGUAUAAAGUUGUGGUUUACAGCAACACUAUCCAGUCCAUCAUUGCCAUCAUCAGGGCCAUGGGCCGCUUAAAGAUCGACUUUGGGGAUCGUACAAGAGCAGAUGAUGCUCGUCAGCUCUUCGUGCUUGCCGGCACUGCAGAGGAAGGGAUCAUGACCCCUGAGCUCUCUGGGGUCAUCUGCCGUUUGUGGAAAGAUGAAGGAGUACAGAAAUGUUUUGCCAGAUCACGAGAGUAUCAGCUCAAUGACUCUGCGUCCUACUAUCUGAAUGACCUAGAUAGGAUAUCUCAGCCCAGCUACAUGCCCACUCAACAAGAUGUGCUGAGAACUAGGGUCAAGACCACUGGCAUUGUAGAAACACACUUCACCUUCAAAGAGCUCUACUUCAAGUUAGUUACUUGCGUCUUUCUUUCUUUCUUUCUUUUUCUUUCUUUUUCAUGCUCUGACACUGCAUAUUGUAUGUGUUCACACAGGAUGUUUGAUGUUGGUGGCCAGCGUUCAGAGCGGAAGAAAUGGAUUCAUUGUUUUGAGGGAGUCACUGCCAUUAUAUUCUGUGUGGCUCUCAGUGACUAUGACCUGGUCCUAGCUGAGGAUGAGGAGAUGAAUCGGAUGCAUGAGAGCAUGAAGCUCUUUGACAGCAUCUGCAACAACAAGUGGUUCACAGACACGUCCAUCAUCCUCUUCCUCAAUAAGAAGGAUCUGUUUGAGGAGAAGAUCAAGAAAAGUUCCCUCACAAUAUGCUACCCAGAAUACUGCGGAUUGAACACGUAUGAGGAGGCAGCAGCCUACAUCCAGUGCCAGUUUGAGGAUCUGAACAGACGAAAGGACACAAAAGAGAUCUAUACGCACUUCACCUGUGCCACAGACACGAAGAAUGUACAGUUUGUGUUUGAUGCCGUUACUGAUGUCAUCAUCAAGAAUAACCUAAUAGAGUGUGGGCUCUAUUGAAGCAUCAUCAUUCUGCUGAGUUAUUUAAGGAAGAUUUUGGAUCUUUACUGGCUGAAUGACUGAGAAAGACUGCAACCUCACUGCAUGCAGUCUUUACACUAAGUGCAGUACUUAAGCCUAUGGACAGCAUUAUGGAGACUCAAUUUUCUUUUGAUGCUCUUUCUGUAAUGACCAUUAUUUCUUUGCCAUUUGCUUAUAGUGUUUGUUAUUGUCAGGACAGCUUCAUUCUGUUCAUUUCCUGUUUCCUCAUUAGGUAUACAAUGCACACUACUAUGCAUUGAUCAAAAUCCACCAUGGUCGGUAUUAUUACACAAUGUGCUAAAUGCCAUUACGUCAAAUCGUAUUGUUUUUAAUGUUUGCAAACUAAAAUGUUUGAAUUUGAAUUCUCUCAAUAAGAGUGUAUAACAGUAUUGCUUGUUUUGUCAUAGUAUUCUGCUAAUUUAUUAAUUAUUUAGGGUUGUCUUCAAGUAUAUUUGCAUACGUUGCAGAAUUUACAAGAAUUAGGUUGCUAUGAUGAAUGAAACUGAACUAGUCAAGUAGAAUUUUUGUUUAUUACACUUAGAUCAUAGUGUUAAUGUUCCUCCUUCAUAGCCAAAAACACUCCAUAACAGUACGCUUUGUUUAACUUUGUUUUCCACUAAUCAGUUUAUAUUACACACUAUUUUUGUGUACCUCUACAGGGUAGGAUUGCACCAGCUGUGCGUAAGGUCUCACAUAAGUUGGGACGUAAAGUUCACACUAUGGGCUUAGUAACUACUAGUUAGUUUGUAACCAAGUCAGUGCUUAAUUUGGUUGCACCACCUGUUCUUAAGGCAAGACUUAACUAGUAGGUCGUAAACUCUGUAAAGUAACGUGUAGUCACAUAAUAUGACGUUUACCUGUAUUGAUCCAAUAAACAGCCUUCGAAUUUGUACACAGAAGUGUUAAAAAGCCGUGAGCUUCAUUUUGUUCUUGUUGCGGUUGAUGUUAAAACCUUGUUUGCUCACGUAAUUGUCAGCUGUAAUAAAUUACAUCCACAUUAAAAUACGAUACGAAAUAAAAGUUGAUUUGUGUAAAUAACAGUAUAUAGGAACUAUAUAUAAAAUAAAUAAAUGCUAAUACAAUAGGCUGGAAAAAUAGAUAUUUAUUCAUUUUAAUAUAAUAUAUUUUGAAUGUGUUGAAACAUGACACUGGGCGACGCACCCUGAAAACUGCACCGUUAGAGUGCUUUCAUGCUGAAGAGACACUCAAAAGUACGUUUUUUUUUUUUUUUUUGGUAAACAAGUGCAAAUAUCAACAUCAUAAUGUAUGUUGAAAGGACUGAAGCCUGUCACACAAAACAUGAGCUCAUUGAUGUCAUAAAAUAUCAGUUUGCUUUUUUAUUCCAUCUGUUACUCCUGGUCUUCCGUAAAUAUUUAGUUUAUACGUAGGGUUACAUCCUACCUAUGUUCAAUGGUGCAACGCUCAAAUAUUAAGUAGUGUGUAAAUUGUGUCCAAAACAUAGUGCCCAUUUACACCACAACUAGGCUAAGUUUUAACUUGUGUAUAGCUGGUGCAACCAGCAGAAGAGUGUGCGUUAUGAACAAAUGCUUGUCUCGCAGAUACAUUUUGGAAUGGUGCAAAAAUAAUGACCUUGUGUUGGUUCAAGAACAUUUUGGAACAUAUACCAUAAAAACAGAAAAAUUACUUGCAUGAUGGCCGGAAUUGUAUUUGUGUCUUGAUGGAGUACAUCCUUUUUUAAGACUUGUUUGAUGUGCUUUUUUUUAAUCCUGUGGAUUUCAGUAUUUUUAAACAAGCUGACACAAUGUGAUCUUGUUUGUAAUACAUUUUUAAAUAUGAAAAGGGUUUCGGUCAAUUUCACCUUAGAUGUCCAUAACAUACAGAAUGUUUUUUUUGUCAAAAAGCCAGAGUUUCUACCUAUAUACUGUAUACCUAGUAAAAAGUGAAUGCAAGACAGUCAUUGUCAUGUUUAACAAGUAUGACAUAUUCAAAUAUGUGUGCUUGACAUUGAUGUACUCUUUUGUCUAGAUUUAUACUUAUAUUAUAUUUCAACGAUCCAUGAUUCCUACUUUUACAUCACUGUGCUUUUUAAAAUAUUUUAAACCUGAAAGUGCAAAUGAACAACUAACAUUAACGAUUGCACUUAAUCGCAGAAUUAUUAUGUGACAAGCCUUGGAUUGAUUGCUUUCUGAACACUCAUGUGAUCUUUAUUUAAUGGGUUUGUUGUUUUUGAGUCUUAAUUGUUUUAAUCAUAUAAAAUUGUAAUUGACCAUAAUACUGCUGAAGUUUUACAAGAUGCAUAUGCAAUUAUCUGUUUAAAACCCUUCUUUGGAAAGUACAUCAAUACAUGGGCUUGACCAGAUACAACUAUUUUAACUACAUAAGUGUAAAAAAAAGUAAUAUAGUCUUUUAUUACAUAAUUCUUUAUGUAAUUUUAGUCUUCAAAGUUCAAACACUGAAGUUCUUGACAGACUGAGUAUAUAAAAAAAAUUAUUUUACUAAAAUGUAUACUCAAAAUAUGUACUUGGCAGUUUGCCUUAUUUUGACAAGAUGUACUGUAUCUGAUAUGAAAUGAUUUUGCAAAUGUUGUGCAAUUGCUAUGUUUGGUUCCUUUCCAGUUGUUUUCUGAUUGUGGCUAUAAAUGUGUGUUUACAUGUGGUCUCUUAAAUGUUAGCUAUCUCUUUUACUCUGUUUAGCUGUUGUAAUGACACCUCCUAAUACACAUUUUUCAUUUUGUUUGAUUAUAUUAUUCUCUUGGCAAAGAGAGGGUUUUGUACUGUGGCAAAUUCAGAAUUAAAUUGACACAAAAGGUCAGUGUUUGAAUA